UUGCCAAACAUAGUGUUAGGCAUGACAGUCCUUCAAAGCAGCACAAAAGAAAGAUAAAAUAGAAAAGUAACUUUAUAAAGAUGAGAAAAGAAAAAGAUAUAAUAAAGUCUGAAGCUUGGGUGUUUGGCAUUAAAUGAGUCCACGUGGAACAUUGUCCACCUUUUACUUUAGAAUCUCACAAAAAGUUCUGAGCUUCAUGUACAAGCCAUCUUGGCUGGACUCCUCAUCACUCUCAACACUCCUCUCUCUCUCUCUCUCCCUCUGUCUGCGUUCGUACUUGUUGUGAGUUUUGUUUUUCUUCAAAGAAGAGAGAGUGAAUAAUUCUAAGUAAAACGGUUUCUUUCUUUCUUUCUUUCUUUCUUCUGUGUUCUAUUUAAACGACAAGCCGAUUGUGGGUCUCCACACUCCACACUCCACAGCUAAUUCUUUUCUCCUAAUGGGGUAUUUCUAAAUUUUUAAUAUUCUUCUCUUGUUUUUGUUUAUCAAUAGUAGUUUUAUUAUUUGUUUUGUGAUACUAUCCUUCUGUUUACUCUUUCUGAAAAAAAAAAUAACUUUCUUGUUUGGAUAAUGAUUCUGUUUCCUUUUUUAAGGUCUUAUACAAGAAUUAAUUUGUACUACUGACAAUUCAAUUCUAUAUUAUUAUUAUUAUUAUUAUUAUUAUUUUUUAAUUUUUUUAUUCUGAAGAUCAUGAAUCUUUUAUAUUAUGUGUGCAUGGUUUGAUGUUAUUAUAUUGAUUUAUUUAUUUUGUUUAAUUAAUUAUUACUUUUAGUUGAAAAAGUAUUGUGUGUUAAAUUAUUGGCAUAAAAGAAAGCUUUUUAAGUGUACUUAAAGUGUAAUUGACUUGACUUUUAUAUAUAAAUAAAUGCAUAUCCUUUUAAUUUCAACAUGUGAUUUUCAUGUUCUUUCAAGACUUAUAGGAUCAUCAAGUAGACAAGACAAUAGCGUUUAUAUGUUUCAUAAAGCUAAUGUUAGAUACUUGAUCUAAGUGAAAAUUUCUGAACAUCUAGUUACUAUACUUUCCAUAAGGGACAAGGAAAAAUACACAGUAGGCUCAAACAUUGGGAAUAUAUACUCUUUGUAAUCAGUACUAUUUUGAUCAUUUAAGCUACGAUUGAAAAAGAGCUGACUGAACUCAGUAUACAGAUAUAUUAAGAAAAAAAAACUCAGUGCAGAUGAAUGUGUGAUAGGAAAAGUUUAAGGAAAGAGUGUGGGUUGGGGUCUGGAACUAGGCAGGAUUAUGAACUUUUUAUAAUGAAUGCUGUUAAGAUUAUUGGCUUCUCUCUUUCAUUUAUGUUAUCAAUUCAAUUUCAGUUAAUUAAGCUGCUCGUUUAGUGUAGUUUCACUUAAAGGAAGGGUAGCUUCAAUGGUUAGGCAUGUGGUUCAAGUCUUUUCUGAGGACUUGUUAUAGUUUAGGUUUGAGGUUUGAGUCCCUUUUCAGUACUUAUAUAGUAAUUGCUAUAGUUCCUUGGUCCCCAAAUAUCAUAGGGUUUGAGGUUUGAGUCCCUUUUCGGUACUUAUAUAGUAAUUGCUAUAGGCAUUAGGAUUCGUAAUUUCGAAAUGUACUUGUUACCGGAGGCUGACAGAAUUAAGUGUUAUAGGUCAUGAGGUCUUACUUGUGCUACACUUUUAACUGUAACUAAGACAUCUCACUUUAAAUGAAUUGCAAUGAAAUCUCUAAAUCAUCUUGUCACCACAGUGAUUGUUGAUCCACUUUGUUUGUACUCAUUCAUACUUGAUAUUUUGUCAACAUGAAAUGACAUGCUAAUCUGGUAAUUUUGGCCAUAGCAGGAUUGCUCAUUUAAGAGUUUAUUGAACGAAAAAUGAAUGUAGACAAUGAGAACAUAGAACCUGUGACUGAAUUAGGACUUGGUCUGGGUUAUUCCAAUCAGUGCAUACAGGGAAUAUUGAACAAUGAUUCAGGUGCAGGUGCAAAUGCAGGUUCAGGAUUAAACGUAACAUUUGUGGCCAACAACCCAUUGUCUGAGCUAGUUUGGUCUCCACGCAAAGGUCCAAGUAAUGUGGCUCUUUUACCACCGAGCAUCAUAGGCGGGAAUGCUACUACUACUACACAGAAAAGUUUACACAGAGAGAACUUCCCUAUAUUGAAUACAUUACUUCAAAUGAAGAGUGGAGGUUCCAGUGAAUAUACUCGGACAAAAUCUCCUGUAAGCGAUGGAGGUGUCAUGCCCGUAUAUGAGCCAAGUGACCAGUAUAAGAUAGAGAGAAUGAAGACAUCUAGAGUGAAUGAUCAAAUAGAGGAGUGUAAAGAGAAUAAAGGGGACGACAUUUCCAGUCACGUCGAAUCCCAAAUAGCAAAAAUUACUGAGAUUAGAGAUAGCUAUUUUGCAAACUCUCCAGAUCAGGCUAGCAUAAAAAUUACUGAAGUUUUGUCAGUAAAAGGAGAUCAGCCUAAACCUGAUGAGGCACAAAUCGAAGCAUCAUCAGGCAAAAACAUUGACAGCAAUUGCAUGAUGCAAAUAGCACACUGUGUGAAUAAGACUAAGGCUGUUGGUGAUCAGCUUGCUGAUCAGGUUUUCCGAGGCAGUAUAAGAUGCCUUGAGAAAAUGGAGUCGACUUCUGAGAAUGAUUUGCAGAAUAUCAAAACUGAAUAUGCUUGUGGUGGUGCGACCACAGAUAAGAUUGUAGCAUUUGAAUUGUCCCAUGGAGUUGAAGGAAGUUCUCAGCAGAAGAAUGAGGUAAUAGUCACUGCAAACGAGACUUUUCCGGAUCAAAAUUCUCCAACAAAAAGAGUGCACGUGAAUAAGAGGAAGGGAAAGGAAAAAGCUUUUUCUGAUGGGGAUUUCAAUGAAAUUACUUCUAAAGAUGAAGAGGAUGGCAACCAUGAGAGUGUUGAAAGUUGUAAUAGUGCUGGAUUAUUUCCAACUGGUAAGAGAAAAAGAACCUUUGAAGAAGAUUUGGUUGUUGGGGAUAAAGGAUUCAAGAAACAAGUUCAUUGUGCACAGGGUGUGACAUCGUUUACCAGACAAGAUAGUUCAUUCAUGAAUUGGAUAUCAAACAUGAUGAAGGGCUUCUCAAAAUCAGUACAGAACGAGGCGCCUUUUCCUCUUAGUGUUACACCUCAUAAUGAUAAACUUGAAAGUCCUAAUAAAAAACUCACCACCCUCAACAAGAACAAAGAUUCGGCAUCCAAAUGUAUUGGCUUCCAUUCAAUCUUUCAGUCCUUGUAUUAUUCAAAGGCUGGGGUUCAAGAACAUAGAAUGCAGAAUGUCGAGUAUCAAGUUGGAGAAAGAUCUAAGGAAUUUGAAUCAUCAAGUAAAAUGUGUGAUGUUAAUGCAACACCCAUAGCCUGUCACAGAGAGAAUAGUAACAUAAGCAGACCAUUUCAUCUCAUGAGCAGACGGUUCAAUGAAUCCACAUCUGUAAAUGAGGACUCAGCAAUGCAGCCUAUGAUGCUAUUGGAUAAAGUUGCAGGUAGUCAAGAAAAAGACAAUACAAACUCUGAAGAUAACAAUAGUAAAUGGCACUUGUCGUUUAGUAAAGAGAAAGAGAAAACAAGCUCGAAUUCCUCUCUCGAUAGACAAAACACAAUCAGUGCUGAAAAAGUUAUUUCUGCAGAGCAGCUGCCAUCUACAGCAAAAACUUCUUCUAAGUUUUGUCAUAGAAAUGAUCCUCUAGGAAGCUCCUGGGUAACUCGGUUUGCUCCAAAAACCCUGAGUUCCUCGCCGAACAUGGAUCAUCUCAACUGGAAUGCUGGUGUAAGUCCUAAGCACUCCACCGAAUGCCUAAAGCUUUUGGAGAUUAAGGAUCAGUCCUCAGAAGAUUUACAGCUGGUCUCGGGUAAAGAAUUGGAGAAUAGUGCUAAUAAGGUUGAAAGUUUUGAUGAUCAAAAUUCGAUGUACAGCUUAAAUCCUAUCUUACCUUCAACUAAAUUGAAACUUUCGGGUGCAAUGGCUUCUGUGUUUGCAAGAAGAUUGGAUGCUCUUAAGCACAUUAAUCUGUCAAGAGAAACGAGUAAUUCUGCUCGUGCCAGCGUGAAAUGUUUAUUCUGUGGCUUAAACGACCAUCAUUUACAAGAUUGUUCAGAUAUCACUGAAAUCGAGCUUGAGGAACUCUCAAGGAAUGUGAAUACAUAUGGUGGGAUAGAAGAAUCCUCUUGUUUGUGCAUAAGAUGUUUCCAACGUAAUCAUUGGGCUGUUGCAUGCCCAAACACAUCCUCAACAAAAUGUCUACCAGCAGAAUCUAAUGCUUCUUUUGGCGAAUUACAGCUUGAUAUCGUAAACAAAGAAAACUUGACCUUCAAAACUUGUAAAGACACCCAAUUUGAAGGUGAUGUUGAGAAACAGUUAUCUAAGAAACAUAUUGCUACAAGCUCUGGGGGUGACUUGUUGAAUGAAAAACAGAUAAUUCCUUUCUCAUGUCAGCUGAACUCAGAUGUGCCGAAAGGACUCUUUGAUGCUGUAAGAAGACUUCGUUUGUCCCGUACUAAUAUCUUGAAGUGGAUGAAUUCACAUAGCUCACUCUCACCUGUUGGUGGAUUUUUUUUGCGUCUGAGGCUUGGGAAGUGGGAGGAGGGACUAGUGGGAACUGGCUACCAUGUCGCUUGCAUAGUUGGCACAGAAAUAGAGAACAAACCGCAAGACCAAGAAAGUUCUGUUCUUGUGGAUGUGGGAGGAUUUAGAUGCCUGGUUGAGAGUCAAUACGUCUCCAACCAUGAUUUUCUUGAGGAUGAGCUUAUGGCAUGGUGGUCAACUAUUCGAAGAAAUGGCAGCAAAAUUCCUUCGGAGGAAGAUUUGCAAACAAAGGUAAAGAAAAGAAGCAUGUUAGGCUUCUAAAAUAAAAGAGAAAAAAAAUACAGAAUAGUUUGAAUUAUAAAUAGAGUGAUUAAUUAAACAUAAGCGUGUUAGGCUGAUUGGUACAAACUGUACAUAAGUUCUUAAUAUUUUCUCAGCUUAUACUUGGGAUCAAAUUUUUUGUGUAACACUAAGCAUGUGAUUGCAUUUUGAUGAAAAUUCUUUGGUACUAUUUAGGAAGUUGGAGACCCUCCAACUUCAAUCACAAGGUUAGUUUAUUUUUCUUAUUUCAGAUAUUCAAAUAUGGUAUUCUUUGUAAAUGGAAUAUGAGUUAUUAGGUAUCUAAAACGAAUAUAUUUUUUUCUUUAUAAAAAUAUUAUUUAUUUUUGUCUA